AUGGCUGCCCUGGGCCAUGCAGAGCAAAUCCAGAACCAGCUGGACCACCUAAAGCGAGUGAAGGACUUAAAGAAGAGGCGCCGGGCACAGGGGGAGCAGGCGAGAGCUGAGCUCUUGAGCCUGACCCAGAUGGAGCGGGAGAAGAGCAUUUGGGAGUUUGAGCAGCUGUAUCACUCCUUGAAGGAGCAGGAGUACCGCCUGUUGGCCCGCCUGGAGGAGCUGGCCUUGGCCAUCCAUAACAGCAUCAAUGGUGCCGUCACCCAGUUCUCCUGCAACAUCUCUCCGCUCAGCAGCCUGAUUGCCCAGCUGGAGGAGAGGCAGCAGCGGCCCCCCUGCCAGCUCCUGCAGCCGAUCAGUGAUUCUCUCUCAUCAUUGAGGGCUGAAAGAAUUAGGGUCCCUGAGCCUUGGAUCACACCUCCCGAUCUGCAAGAGAAAAUCGAUAUUUUUGCCCAAAAAUGUCUGUUCCUGACGGAGAGUCUGAAGCAGUUCACAGAAAAAAUGCAGUCAGACAUGGAGAAGAUCCAAGAAUUAAGAGAGGCUCAGUUAUACUCAGCGGACGUGACCCUGACCCGGACGGCCGGCCCCAGCCUGGCCUCGGACAGCCGGCGGCAGGUGCGGCCCAGCUGCCUCCGCAGGCCCUGCCGCCGCGGCCUGGGCUCCCGGGCUUCGUGGCGGGCGGAGGCGGAGGCGGGAGACAAGGCCGGGUGGGCCAUCGGUGUCCGUGAGGACUCGGGGUGCAGGAAAGGCGGGGUGACCUCUGCCCCCCAGAACGGGUUCUGGGCAGUGUCCUUGUGGUAUGGGAAGGAGUACCGGGCGCUCAUCCCCAUGACUGCCCUCCCCCUGCGGACCCUCCAGCGGGUGGGGGUUUUCUUGGACCACGAGCUGGCAGGUCCUUCCACCGUCACCUUCUCUCACGCUGCCUUCUGGCCUGUGCGGCCCCACUUCAGUCUGAGCGACUCCGGAGGCAAGAGCGCAGCUCCUCUGGCCACCUGCCCCCGCAGUGGGAGUCACGGUUACUCUGGCAAUGUUGGGAGUAAUUUAAAGAAAAUACAGUACAUUUGA